AUUUAGACUUUUCAUAGGAUGCUUGAGUGAGCCAGUUAGUGAAAGAAAGUGAAGUUAAGUGACGACUUAAAUAUCGUUCAGAACCGAUAAUUAUAUUUAAAUAAUAAUGAUUAUACAAAUGUCACCACAAAUGGAUAAUAAACAUUUAACAAAAAAAAUAAUGCGACAAAUAAUUUUUGGUUUCAUACUAUUUAAUUUGGUGGGCACGAAAGCCAAUGAGUUAGAACAAUAUUUACCUUCAUAUGCAGUGGCUGCUAAUUCGGAUAUUUUACCGAACUCAACUUGUAAGACUGAUCUAGAAACAUUCCGAGCUGGGAUUGAUCAAAAAAUUUUAUGGAGUUUGAAAGUUUUAGAUGCCAGUGGAGAACCAAGAUCCGGAUUCGCGUACGGCAAUAAUUUUUGGCCAGGCAGUAAAAGCCAAUGCCUUGAUUUGGAAAAUACUAAACCUCUUCAAAUAGACCCUGAUAUUUUAAAAAAUAAUUCAAAAUAUCGUAACAUCAAUGAAGAAUUCCCUCCCUAUCAUUUGAAUUAUUUUGUUGCGCUUUUCUAUCAUAACAGCACACUUCAGUAUCAACUUCGCUUCAAAUAUGACAAUUUAUUGUCACUUGGACUUUGUCUUCCGGCCUCGUGUUCAACUGAUGAAUUAGGAAAAAUUUUGAACAAAAUAUUCGAAUCCAGAACUCUUGCGAUCGGCAACUUAUAUUCCGCAGAUUAUCGGCUUCAUGAAGUACGAGAUCUCAAAGACGAUCAUAAGUGGCUUCUUGAUUGGAGGAUCAUUACCACUGGUAUCGUUGUGAUACUGACAAUACUGUUGGUCAUCAUUGGUACUUUUUACGACUGUAUUGUCCACGAAAAACGUUUAGAAUUUUUAGAAAUCUCUAAAAACCCGGAACAUAAUCCAACUGCAACAUCAAAAAGCAAAAUUCAACCAAAACUUUUUGAAGAAGUUUUACUGUGUUUUUCCAUCUACACCAAUGCCAAAACGAUUUUCAAUACUAAAUUGAGCAAGAACUCUGUGACUUCAAUCUGUGGACUCCGCCUGCUCGGAAUGAUAUGGAUAUUUUUAAUCCAUACAUUAUUAUACUCAAUUGAUUUCAUAGAUAAUCGUAUAACAGUAUGGAGAUUAUCUGAAGAGUUUAUCCUUCAAAUUUUACCUACUGGAAGUUUAGCCGUAGAUACUUAUUUUUGCUUGAGCGGGUUUCUAAUCAGCUGGUCAUUUUUCGGUCAAAAAAUUAAUGAUAAAAAUGAAGCAAAACUAAGUCUUCGAUUUCCAUGGUCCAAAUAUUUUGGUCUCAUUAUCAAAAGAAUUAUUAGGCUUGCUCCAGUGUACUUCGUAAUGAUUGGAAUAGCUGAAAUAAAUUUUGGAUUCUACACAAAAACUUCAUCUUUUAUAUCUACCGAAAACCCGUACAAUCAGUGUACUAAUUACUGGUGGAGGAAUUUACUAUUUAUCAAUAACUUGUAUCCCUGGAACGAAGCAUGUAUGACUUGGAGUUGGUAUCUGUCAAGUGAUAUGCAAUUUUACAUUAUCGGAACAUUUUUAUUACUUUUAUCUGACAUAUAUUUCUACGUUUCUGUAGUUUUCUUAAUAGCUCUGUUAAUAGUUCCAGCCAUUAUCGACGGCUUUAUUUCGCAUGCAUACAAUUACACAGCCACGGUAGACCAAAUGUUAAUGCAAAUGCAUGUGAUAUAUUCACCUCCAUGGAUGCGAAUAGGUUCAUAUUUAAUUGGAAUUAUUGCUGCGUAUAUUCUAACAAAGCUGAAGGGUAAAUUAAAUGUCAGUCGGAAAACUUUAUGUUUACUUUGGAUAAUCGGAGGUUCUUGUAAUAUCUCCACACUCUUUGGUCUUUAUGGAAAAAAUCUCUCACUUGUGAGUGCUGGAAUAUAUGUAGCUUUGAGUAAGAUCACGUGGAGUAUGGGAAUCGCUUGGAUCUUAAUAGCCUGUCACACCAACAGUGCCGGAUUGGUCAAUAAAAUUCUCUCACUGAAAGUGUGGAUUCCACUAAGCAAACUUACAUACUGUGCCUACUUGUUGAAUCCUCUGAUCACACUUUCGAUAGCUAUGUCAUCAGAAUCACCUAUACACAUUGACUUAUUUCCAAUUAUAGAAAUGUCAACACGAAUGGAAAAUAAUCUUUUAACAAAAAAAUUAAUGCGACAAAUAAUUUUUGGUUUCAUACUAUUUAAUUAUGUGGGCACGAAAGCCAAUGAGUUAGAAAAAUAUUUACCUGCAUAUGCGGUGGCUGUUAAUUCGGAUACUUUACCGAACUCAACUUGUAAGACUGAUCUAGAAAUAUUCCGAGCUGGGAUUGAUCAAAAAAUUUUAUGGAGUUUGAAAGUUUUAGAUGCCAGUGGGGAACCAAGACCCGGAUUUGUGUACGGCAAUAAUAUAUGGCCAGGCAUUAAAAGCCAAUGUCUUGACUUAGAAAAUACUAAACCUCUUCAAAUGGAUCCUGAAAUGUUAAAAAAUAAUUCAAAAUAUCGUAACAUCAAUGAAGAAUUCCCACCCUAUCAUUUGAAUUAUUUUGUUGCGCUUUUCUAUCACAACAGCACACUUCAGUAUCACCUUCGCUUCAAAUAUGAUGAUUUAUUGUCACUUGGACUUUGUCUUCCGGCCUCGUGUUCAACUGAUGAAUUAGGAAAAAUUUUGAACAAAAUAUUUGAAUCCAGAACUCUUGCGAUCGGCAACUUAUAUUCCGCAGAUUAUCGGCUUCAUGAAGUACGAGAUCUCAAAGACGAUCAUAAGUGGCUUCUUGAUUGGAGGAUCAUUACCACUGGUAUCGUUGUGAUACUGACAAUACUGUUCGUCAUCAUUGGUACUUUCUAUGACUGUAUUGUGCACCAAAAGCGUUUAGAAAAGCUAGAAAUCUCUAAAAACCUGGAACCUGAUUCAUCUGCAACAUCAGAAAGUGAAAUUCGACCAAAAUUUUUAGAAGAGGUUUUGCUGUGUUUCUCCAUUUAUACUAAUACCAAAAGCAUUUCCAAUACAAAAUCAAGCGAGGAUUCGGUGACUUCUAUCAACGGUCUUCGAUUACUAGGAAUGACAUGGAUUUUCGGGUUGCAUGCAGUUAUCUACUCAAACGAUGCACUUGAUAAUCGAGUAACAGUGUGGAGAUUAUCUGAAGAGUUUCUAAAUCAAAUUCUAACCACCGGUAGUUUAGCCGUAGACACUUAUUUUUGUUUGAGUGGCUUCCUGAUCAGCUGGUCAUUCUUCGGUAAACGAAUGAAUGAUAAUCGUGAAGCGAAAUCAGUUCUUCGAUUCCCGUGGUUCCAUUAUUUGGGUCUCAUUUUUAAAAGAAUCGUUAGACUCGCUCCAGUAUAUUUGGUAAUAAUUGGAAUAGCUGAAAUUACUUUUGGAUGGUUCAAAAUAAAUUCAUCUUACGCAGUUGCAGAAGACCCCCACUAUUAUUGUCACAAUAACUGGUGGAGAAAUUUGCUCUUCAUAAAUAAUUUAUUCAAAUGGAAUGAAGCAUGUCUCACUUGGAGUUGGUAUAUAGCAAGUGAUAUGCAAUUUUACAUCAUUGGAACGUUUUUGUUACUCUUAUCUGACAUAUAUUUUUACACAUCUGGUAUUUUAUUGUUAACUUUUCUAAUAGUUCCAGCCAUCAUUAGUGGCUGUAUAUCAUAUUCGUACGGAUAUAUAACUAUGAUAGACCAAAUGUGGGCCAUUAUGGAAGUCGUAUAUACCCCGCCGUGGAUGCGAAUUGGUCCAUAUUUGGUUGGAAUGAUUACAGGAUAUAUUCUAAGAAGAAUUAAGGGUAAAUUGAAUGUUAGUCGAAAAACUUUAUGUUUACUUUGGAUAGUCGGAAGUUUGUGUAAUAUCGCCACAAUUUUUGGUCUUUAUGGCAAAAAUCUCUCAGCAGUUAGUGCUGGAAUAUAUGUUGCUUUGAGCAGAAUUGCAUGGGGUAUUGGGAUCUCUUGGAUUUUGGUUGCCUGCUAUACAAACAAUUCCGGAUUUGUAAACAAAAUCUUGUCACUAAAAAUCUGGAUUCCACUAUGCAAACUUACGUACUGUGCAUACUUACUGAACCCUUUGAUCACUAUAUCAUUGGCUAUAUUAUCAGAAACACCAACACACGUAGAUUUGAUACCGUUCAUUAUCCACUUUUUGGGAUUAACAUUCUUUACUUUUUUGUGUGCAUUUUUCAUGUCAGUACUGUUUGAAAUUCCAUAUAUUUUACUAGUUCAGAUGUUUCUUAAGCCACGAAAUUGAAAUAACGAUUAAUAAUAAUUCUUCAUUGGAUGACAUUCGAUACUGAAGUAGAAAAUCUUUCAUAAUUUAAUUUAAUUACUGUUAUAUACUGGAUAAUUUCCAAUAUUAAUUAAAAUAUUUUUAAAUAUUUAAUUGCCUAUUAAUGUCCAGGUUUGGCCUCGUUGGAGUGUCUAUAGUCGAGAAUUUUUUUUUGUGUGUAUUUCAUUGAAAAGCAUAAAAAUUUAAGUAUCGUUCAACAUAAAGUAAUAAUUUUUGGUAAUAUUAAAUAUUCAUUAAUAUUAUUACUUUUAUAUAAUUGAUACAAAUCUAGUGUAUAAGUCAAGUAAACUAUACAUUUGUGAUGAAGUGAACAAGAAUUUCAGUUAUCACGAUUAGAAGAUUAUAUUUAUAGUAUCUAUAACUGUUAUUCUGUUGUAAUUUUAUAUUUAAAUUAACUAGUAAUAUUAAAGUUAAUGAAUGAAUACAAAUUAUUCUUGUUGUUUAGUAU